UGGGCGGGGCACGUGAUGUCCGUCUGGAGUGGUCACCGACGCCAGGCCACGGACGCCCGACAAACACGACCUCAUUCAGCGCCUAUAAAGGAAGUGGGGGCGGCGGGUGCAGGCAGACUCGCCGCAGCCCUCGCCCCGCAGACAUCACCGCACGCAGGCAACACACACGCCGCCGACAUGAAGUGCACAAUCCUGCUCCUCCUGGCCCUCGCCGCCGUGGCCCUGGCUCGCCCCGACUCCAUCUUCGACAUCUCCGACGAGGACAUGCACCUCGAUUUGGAUAUUGACAACGACAACACCUACACUGGGUCCUACAGCUGGACGUCCCCCGAGGGAGAGAAGUUCUUCGUCAAGUAUAUUGCAGACAGGCAUGGCUACCGCAUCCUGGAAAGCAACGCAGUGCCCGCUACCCAAGGGGGCGUGAAGGCCGAUGGCAGGCAGGUCCCCUUCUCCUCCGAGGAAGACGACAGCUUCGAUAACUCCUUCGGCAGGGACUAAAUGAGACGGUCUUGGUGGUUACUCUGAGGCGGUGGUGGUGGUGAUGGUGGUUGUGGUGACUGAGUGAUUGAAGAAGUGAUGAGUCUUUGUUCCUAAUCCUAAUUGUUACUGUUUCUUUUAUCCUAACGCCGUUUAUCCUAAUGUGAAGAGGAUUGAAGUCUUCCUUAUCCAU